UCCCCCCCCCCCCCCCUCCACCCACAGGGGCCUACCUCGAUGUCCCAGCGACGGAGCGAGCGGUCGACAGCCGAGGCUGAGACCAGGGCGCCGUGUGUGAAAAAGAGCCAGUCGACGUCUGCGUAGUGGCCGAGGAAGGAGCAGAUGACGGUGCCGGAUAUGAGUGAGACGGCGACCAGGUUGCCAGCCUCGCCGCCGAGAUAGACCACGUCCCGAGGGCCAUUGAUGAGCGCCGUGAGCCUGAAUGGCACACGCGCCUCCACCACCAGUCCAUCCGUCUCCUUGUCGUACACAAACACCCGUCCCUCGCUCUUGAGGCCCACCGUGACCGUCGUCUUCUGCAGUGCUACAAGCGCCAUCCUGGCCGCCUAAGCACAGGUGAGUCAAGUGCUGCCUGCCGACCUGGCAAACUGAGCGGUGCAACUCGCCCUCGGUUGCCCGAGCCACCAUCAAGCAUGGUCAUGACUUGAACAUCGCGGGUUCUACACAACUGGAAAUGGCGACACGAUCAAUGGCCACCCAUGAUGGACGCCGACGAAUGCGAUGGAUGUCAACCAACCACCUCUUGAUGCAGAACCCAGCCGAUACCAAAGACUACAACGUAUGCAGAGGGCCAAACCAGUUCCAUCCGGCUGUCACAGCAUCAUCUAGCCACCUCGGCUAUCGCCGCCCAUUCUUCUUACCUGACUCGAUUGAUCUGUUUCUCCAUUCCUUCUCUUCUGACCGAACAACCUCGUCAUCCUCUCAUCCCUCCGUCUCGAGCAUGAUUGAUCACGGACAAAAUGUCGAUCUACCGCAUCCCCGCCCCCGAGCUGGAGCGAUCAGCCCUGCUCUGCAAUGGGAGUAAGCAGAGGAAGUAGUAUGCUUGUGUUUGUUUACACAUAGAAAAUGGAGCACUGUGGCG